CGCUAUCAACACUGCUGCCCCGAGGGCUCUUCCCACUCAAGUCCCGAGAGUCACAGAGGAAUCUUGGGAAUACCACGGCAAAAUGAAGAACACUAUUGAUUCGAAAACAUUUCCGAGGUUUUCUUUUUUAUCGUUUGUGUCUCGAUAAACUGGUUGACGGAUCAUACCUUCAUUUCCAGAUCAGGACACCGACGAAAAUAACAUCAGUCACCGCAAGUAGAUCAGCAGCGUGUAGAUAAAAACCUAUUUCGCCUUUAAAAUAAUAAAUGAUAAACAAGGGACAUCAUGCAGGGACGAAAGCAGUGCUUAACCUUUAGUUUUACAACGAUGUAUAGACCUAAAUAAGAAUUUCGGAUUACUGAUACAAAGCACGCCUGCACGCGCUUCAGUCCGGAUUCGACCCGCAAGCUUCAUCCCGGUUCCGCAAAGAAACUCAACCCAAAAGUGUUGAAGAGCUCCAUGCAUUCAAAAAGGGAGAGGAGAGGAGCGCUGUCCCGUGCUGGAUGGAUGGUUAUGGGGAAAGGAGCAGGACCAUCGGCGCUACAAGUCCGCCAGUUCGUUGUACUGUUUCUCUGUCUGUUUCCAACAGCAACUCUGCAGUGUAAGAUCCUCAAGUGUAACUCCGAGUUCUGGGCCUCCACCUCCAGCUCUGGCCCAGAAGAGGAGUUCUGCAUCGCUCUGAGAGCGUAUAACAACUGUGUCCGACGCACUGCCCGUACGUGCCGGGGUGACCUGGCCUACCAUUCAGCCCAACAUGGUAUCGAGGAUCUUAUGAGCCAACACAAUUGCUCUAAAGAAGGGCCCACUACCCAGCCUCAUGCCCGCACACCCCCGCCCCCGGUCCAGCCACCACCGGACAUCAACGUUCCCUCUGACAGGCCAGAGGUGUGCCAUUACGAGCGGAGUUUACCACGUAAUGCUGCGCCUCCCAAUUACACUCACUGUGGCUUUUUUGGGGACCCACAUCUCCGCACAUUCAACGAUGACUUUCAGACCUGUAAAGUUGAGGGAGCCUGGCCACUGAUUCACAAUAAGUACCUGUCCGUGCAGGUUACGAACACUCCUGUUGUACCUGGAUCUUCUGCUACAGCUACUAGCAAGCUAACAAUCAUCUUCAAGAACUUUCAAGAAUGUGUAGACCAGAAGAUGUACCAUGCAGAGACUGAUGAGCUUCCAGCUGCAUUUGCUGAUGGUUCAAAAAACGGAGGUGACCGCCAUGGGGCCAACACCCUACGUAUAGUAGAGAAGGUGCCUGGACAACAUGUGGAGAUCCAGGCACGUUAUAUCGGCACCACUAUUGUAGUUCGGCAGGUUGGCCGCUACCUCACCUUUGCAGUGCGAAUGCCAGAGGAGGUUGUGAAUUCGGUGGAGGACCAGGACAACCAGGACCUUUACCUCUGCCUGCAUGGUUGCCCUGCCAACCAGCGAAUAGACUUCAGGACCUUCAGAGCACAUGCGGCAGAGAGCCAAGGCUUAGGCAGGGGACGGUCAGGCACUCCUACACAUGGCUUUACAUACCAGUCAGCCAUGGCCAAGUGCAAAGAACGUCUACCAGUUGAGGAUUUGUAUUUCCAAUCCUGUGUUUUUGACCUGCUAUCUUCUGGGGACAUCAACUUCACCCUGGCGGCCUACUACGCCUUUGAGGAUGUUAAAAUGCUCCACUCCAACAAAGACAAGUAUCACCUCUUCGAAAGGGAUACAAUAUUCAAUUCUGCCUCAGAAAAAUGGGGUUUUAGUUUCCUAAUCCUCAGCCUUGUUGUAGCACAGUUAUGGACUGACUUGUGUUUCAUUUGUCUGUAGUCCCCAAUGGAGAUCCUUGUUAGAUGGAUGUAAGAUGCUGUAUUCAUGUGAAAUGCUGCUCUCACAGUGUUGUGUUCCAUCUAUCAGAGGCUGGGCUUCUCAGCUAGAGCCUGAGCUUCUGCCGAGGGCUUUCACACUUGUGUGUCUUGUGUCACGCCAUGGACUCAUCUCUCGUCAUCAUCGCGUACGUUCAUUCAUCAGGCCAGAGCUGAAGCGUUCCUGGAGAUCCACCCAUCUCUGUGGUUAAUCAUGCUGAUCUCAUAACUGCUUCAUGACAGAGAAAGCAGUGCUGAGAGGUCCUGAGACUCGAGUCAGAUUAAACCACCCUUUUUCCCACCAGGGUGAUGUGCCACUGACAGGAGUGAGAGGGGGAUGAUCCUUUGCAGAAAGAAGAGCUUGGAGAUGUUCUUCAGUUCACUUGAUGCCAAGUGAGAGAUGAAGUAUGUCUCCCGGAGCCAGGCUGGAGGACAUGACAGGAGCUUUUAUUAACGUCUCCAAACGUUGGAGGGCCGGCAGGAGUUCUCUCUUUGAAGAAGCUCCAGCUUCGGAAAAAUGUUAGCUUUCUAGAGAAAACCCCCUGGCCAAGGCCAUGUCAGACUAGUAAGUCAUGUUGUCUACAGAGGCCAUAACAUCAGGCCUUUUGUAUAGUUUGUCUAUGUGUGUGUGCAAGAGAAAGACGUGUUAUUUUGUGGGUGAUUAUAUGAAUGCUUGUGUGUGUAUGAGUGAAGUGUUUCAUAAUAUCUGUAUAUUGCACCCAGGGCCCUAAUGUAGCUCUGGUGUGGUGGUUCAUGGGUCAGUAAGAAGUUUUACUGCCUGCCAAGAGCUUUCCUACAUUUUAUAUAAAAAAGGGUGUCAACCAUUGUGUCAAACAGACUUUAAACUACACCCAUACUGCUUAGGUGUUAUAAUUUUGGAAAAUAUUAAUUGAAUUUUCUCCAUUGUCAAAUUGGGUGUUCAAAGUCAGCCUGAACAACUGUUAGGCACAUAGAGAACAACUUUGUUCACAAAGUAAAGGCCAUUGAAUAAAAAAAAUAAUAAUUCACGUCAUACAAUUGUAUAGCCCAAGACAGAGUUGUCUUUGAAAAUAGCACACUUGCUUCAGAUAAACACAUUUGUGGAAAAAAAAUAAUCAUGUCAGUUUGCAGUAGGUAGCAUAACCAUCAACGUAUAUAUCCAGGAGAGAGCCAAGUUCCUCCAUACAAUGUUUGCAGUUUGAGAUGGGACCCACAAGGAAGGUCAAUCAACCAUCCUUACUGCUUCUUAAAGAGCAACGCCUUGCUCUCCAUUUCAAAAGGGUGUCGACGUGGCUGUGCUGUAGGCCCCGUUUAACUCACGACUCUGUAGAUCUGUGAAUUUAUGGCGGAGGCGUUUUGCCAAAGAACAAGCCAUGGUGCCAACAAUUUCCCAAACAGCUGAAUUUUCUCUUUCUCGUGGGACCUUUUGUGGUUCACUUAAGUAUUUGGGCUCAAACCAGAUGUCCUGAUUGAGUAUAAUAUUGGAAGGUGCUGCUAACUACAGUGUGGUGGAUGGACCAGUUCAGGAGCUAUUGAGAACAUCUGCCAUGCAUUUCUUGUGACAUUUGAAAUGGGGGCAUUUGUUCUUCAGCCAUUAGCAGGCUCAGGAUUACUGGCACUCAGUAUUGUAAAUAGCAUUAGUAGUAUUGGCGAGCUAAAGUCACACGAUACAUAGCGCCACUAUUUUGAAGAGUGAAACUGCACCCUUGGUAGCGUAAUAGUUUUUUAGGCCAUGUCUAGAGACUGUUGGAAAGGUCUUUAUGGAAGAUGAAGCCCACAUAACUUCAUCUUCAUCAUAUCCCAUUUCUUCUAAGAACAUCUGUCACUGUUGUCUCUUGUCAGUGUUUGUUUUCUUAGUAAAAAGUUUGAACUAUGAAAAUAUGGUUUAGAUAUUAAUCAUACAUAAAGAAUCCUUUGAAAGACUUCAUGAUAAUUUAUUCGUACGCUGUAAAGUUUUGCGAGCCUUACUACUGCUAAGAAAGCUUGUGUUGUUGGUGCAGUUCAUGGCUUUAAAGAGACUUUUGAAAGCAUACAAAAUGAUUGUAAUGACUUGUGUUUAAGUGUGCUUGUGUUGUCAGUGCUUUUUGGAUUUAUAUGUGUAAUGUGACAUGUAUAUAAGUUUGUGUGAUUUAGCAAAUAAUAUUUUGUGCUGAUUUUUUGGUACAUCAGAGGGUGUGGUGAAAUUUACCUUUAAAUUUAAAGGGAUAUUGUGUACACAAACACCACAAAAAAAUAAGAGAAGGGACUUACAAUCUCAUUUGGAACAAGAGUAAAAAAAGAGACAUCAUGUCCUUUAACUAAAUAGUAAGUAGGAAACGUGUCACUUGCGGUGUUCAUGUGUUGUUUAUUACAAAAGCACUUUAUGUUUUUAUUCUCUUUAACCUAGCUCUUACUUGAUUUUAACUUGAUGGUGAAAGAGGUUAUGCUAAAAAAUAAAAGUGAAUGAUAACAUUUUCAAAUGUAUUAACAUUGAAUGGGAGAUACCAGACAGCUUAGUCAGUUUUUGUAUGUAGGACUAAAGCGGUGCCACACACCACCUGUAAAUACUGUAAAUUAUUUAUUGAAGAAA